AUAAACGGUCGCGUUUACGUAAGCAUCUCCAGGAGCUUUUUUUUUGGCACAUCAUGAAGGCUACACGCGACUUUGGGAAUGUGCAGAAUGUUAUUAUGGUUUGAAAAGGACAGUGACUUUGUUAUUGUCGGUGGGAAAAAGUAACACCCAUGUAUCCCAUGAUAACCCAUGGACGCAUCUGAUUGGUUCGUUUGAGCAUCGGGCGGAACUGAUGCUUCAGCGCCAAUUCAAAUUUCCAUUUGAAAGCCUUUGCAACUGGAUUUGCGGUUACUCCUCGUCUGCUGCGUUGAACAAGUUACUGUUGGAAUCAUUCGCGGCCGAAAAUCAAUCUAUCGUCACUACCAACAGAUUGCACUAACAGACUUCAUCUGAAAGACUGCACCAUUGGAUUCAGAGACCACAAUCAUGGAUAUUCACAAAAAGAGCAACAAGGAAAACACUCGUCCUAAACCUGGACAAGAGAAGGUCAUCACAUCGUUUAUCAAAAGAACAGCUCCUGGGAAAACCGUCCCGCUGCAGUCCAAGAAUGACCACAAAGACGCUACGGUUCAGAAGAGGGCGGAGCCCACGAAAAAGGCCGAACAGAGAGCCCCCAGGGUAGCAGCCACCGUCGCUGCCAAACCCGCGGCAGAGGCCUCAAAAAAGCCCCAAACACUGACCCAGACCUUCCUCUCUCAACAGUCCGCCAGUUAUAAAAAGCUGCUAACGCAAGGCCCAAAGCCCGCACCCACCGCUGCUCCACCAAAGUCUCUGCUUGGCACCUACAAGGGCAAGGUCAUCCAGUCCAAGGUGGACUGUUUCAGGAAGCCUGGCGAAACCACAGCGGCGGCCGCCGCUGACAGAAAGGUGUUCGCGAAGCCGGCCGUCCCCAAGACUGUCGGGCAGACGCCAGCGACGUUGUCGAGGUUCAAGUCGAAGUCUGUCACCACGUUACUCGUGAAGCCAGCGCCCGGCGUCUCCCAGACUCAACCGCGCAGGCCCAAGUCCGUCACCGACGUGCCUCUGAGUCGCCCGGCGGGCAAAACCAACCGCAACGGCCAGACGCAAACGGUCGCCACCGUGCGCCAGUUCCAGGUCACCAAGAGGCCGCCCACUGCCCGUUCGGUCCCUCCGGCGACGGCGACGACCAGGCCAGCGGCUGGCCCGAAGGCGAGGCCUGCCCCGGCCACGGCCAAGAAGGCGAACGAGAACGCCAGCAGGCCGCCCGUCGUUCCCACGAGCCAGCGUCCCUCCCGCAAGCCUGUCACAAGCACGCUCAGUCACACCAGGGCUGCCAUGGAAACAGUGGAGGAGCGAAGAGCAAAGUUGGCUGAGUGGUUGGCCUCCAAAGGCAAGACUCUGAAGAGGCCCCCCAUCCACAACAACAGCGCACAGCCCACCCAGAGGCCCAGGCCCUUCGUGGUGCCCAAAGCGGACCUUCAGCAGAACCAGGAGCCUGCCGAGUCUCACGCCGCUGCUGCAGGGUCCAGUCCGGUUCCAGAGGCUGCCGAGGCGGAACCGAAACCGGUACUGGAACCAGAACCCGAAGCUGUGGCUGAGCUGAAGACGGUGGUAGCGGAAGCAGAAGAGGAGGAGGAAGAGGAAGAGGGGGCGGUCACCUCCAGCCCGGCUGCAGUCAUGAACACCACGCUGGACAUGGUGGACAACUGUGAGCUGGACCUGCCAGAAGUGGACGUGUGCAUGGAACACCUGGUGGUGAACCUGUGCGAGGCCCUGGAAGCCAUGGAGACGCCCUCUACGUGUCAGAGUGUUGGUACGGUCGCCAUAGAGGCGCCGUCUAUGUGUCAGAGUGAUGAUGCGGUCGUCAUGGAGAUGUCCUCUACGCGUCAAAGUGCUGAACAACAUGCUGGUGAGAAGGACACGGUAGCAGAGCAGGAAGCUGUGGGGAUGGAGGUGCAAGUAGGGGAGCAGAACGAGGAAGACGAGGAAGAACAGAUUGAAGAGGAGCAGGACGAGGUUGAAAAUGCAAAGGACGAGAUUAAAGAAGCGUUCGCAAACAAGGAGACAGACGACGCAACGUCGACCGAAGAGAGCGAGAGUUCGGGCGAAGAUUCCGCGUUGGAGAUGGAGGCCGACUCGAUCGAGGGGUCAGAAUCAGGCAGCGACACCAGUGAAGACGCACAGGUGGAGCCUGCCGUCGCAGACCGUAAAGUGAAGGCUGAGGUGAAGGCAGAAGAUGAAGAUGACGAAGACGAGGAGGCGGAGAACUGCGCCACGAAAACCCCAGAAUGCAAUGGGGCGUCGGUGGUGAAGUUCAGCGUGAGGACGACCCCUUACCUACAGAGCGUUAAGAAGCGCAUUGACGGGGAGUCGUCGUCAUCGGCGGUUGCUGCCCCCUCCAGCUGCGGGUCGUCCCGGCGCCAACGGCAACGGCAGAGCGGCGCCGCCGCCAUCGGCGACCUGAAGUUCCUGACGCCGGUGCGCCGCUCGUGCCGCAUCCAGCGCCAGUCCGCGCGUCUGCCCGCCGCCCUGACGGAGCACGACCCCUGCGUGACCUCGCUCGCCGAGCUGGCCAGGCUCGAGGGCGGCGGCGACGAGGCCCAUGUCGGCACGCCGAUGGCAGCCAACGCCUACAUCUAUAGGCGGAACCCAGCGCUGCUGGACGAGCUGCCCGACGUUCACAGAGACCUGACCCGACUGUAAGGACACAAGCGCCUUGAUUGGCUCUUAAGACUGGCUGGAUACACCUGAUUCAACCAAUCACAAGCUGUUUUUAAGGGUCUCGAAAUUUGUAUCUUGCUUUCGAUUGGCUGUAAAGCACAAACCUGAUGCAACCAAUCAAAUUAUAUUUUCCUUGCUGGCGGAACUCAUGCAUGGCGUGUGCAAAUAGGAUCAGGAAGGUAAACAGGAAGUUAAGCAGGUGUGCAACUGACCUGUCGACCUGUAUGCAAUGCACGUUUUUUAAGGGCACUUUGUAUCAGAAGGAAAAGGAUAAGCUUUGCUCUUAUAUAUACACAUAUACCAAACAUGUUCAACGGUGUCUAACUCACCAAUGCAAACUAACAGAAUGUAAUACAUUGCCACUCUAACGUAAGCGUCUGCGGAUAAUCUAGUGACUAGUAGUGAUUACGGCAUCUGUCCAUUAGACAGUGAGUCCUGUUGCAAUUCUGCUGCUUGAGGUCAAAAUGGAUGUUAUUUUACGCAGAUAAGCAGAUAUGUUUUGGGUUGGUUCUAUAUCUGUGUGUGGGUGUGUGUGUGCGUGCGUGCGUUUUUUUCCUCCUGAGUCAUUGUAGGGACGCGCGGUUAAUGGCAGUAAAUGGUUGAUGUGUUUCGAGGUGACGGUGAAUGUCGUAGGUGACGUUGACGUCAGGGCGAUUGGUGUGUCGUCGUCUCAACGCUUUCCUUCUCUGGUACUGAAAUGACGGUCACUGAACCGUAGUUGUAAGAAGGUUUUAUUUGUAGUGACAAGGAUGCAAGUUGAGGAUCUGCUGCUGGCAUUUAACUUUACAGUAUUCUUAAAUAUACAUUUAAGUAUACUAUACUAUACUAUAGUACUAUUUACAUAGUACAUUAAAACUAAAGCCUUUGAUGUGUUCAAGAACAAAAAAAAGAAUUUUCUUGGAAGAGAUUAGGAAACUUGUUUUUACUGUCAUUUUACUAAUGUUUUUUUUUUAAGUGAAAUCUUAAAGCGAGUGUCAAAUGUUAACAAAAGUAUAACAGGUUACGUUGAAUGUUUGCAUGGGUCAGCCUCCCAUUUUAUGUUAUUGUUUAAAAAGACAGUUUUUCCGCAGUUAACAGGGGAAACAAAUAAUGGGGGAAAAAAAUCUUAACUUUAAAUUAACUUAUGGGUAAUUGAACUUAAAGGCAACACUUACACAGCAACACUCAUUGUAUAAACAUAUGGACACUAAUAACCUAUUUUGAUCACACUUUUCUUUACUUCUUGUCUGUGUUUGUGCUGCUGUCCAUGUGAUUUCCAGCUAUUUUUGAGUGUACUCUGUCAUUUCCUAUUCACAUCUGCAUUUGUCCUCUCGUCACUUCUAUAUUUGUGGUAUUUGUUUACUCCUUGGUCACAACACUAUCGGAGGCUGUUUGUUUGAAUACUUGUUGCCUUUCUGUUCAAAUAAAAUGUUUAACCUCUGGAAA